AUGCUUACCACAAAGAAGCAGGGGGCACAGUACAACACAACUGCCAACAAACCAAGAACAAUUGCUGAAAAAAAACAGGAAGUCAGUGACAAACACCCAUCCCAAGACACAAGAGAAGCAAGAGGCGCACCACACACAAACCAAGCCAAGACCAGUGCUGAAAAAAAGACAGAGUCAGUGAUACAAGAGAAGCAAGAGGUGCACCACACCAAACCAAGCCAAGACCAGUGCUUAAAAAAGAUGGAGUCAGUGAUAAACCCCCAGACCCAAGAUAAGCAGGGGGCGCGGUGCCACACAACCACCAACAACUUAACCCCAGACCCAACAGACAUUGAGGCAGAAGCAGGGGGCGCGGUGCCACACAACCACCAACAAACUAACCCCCAGACCCAACAGACAUUGAGGCAGAAGCAGGGGGCGCAGUGCCACACAACUGCCAACAAACUAACCCCCAGACCCAACAGACAUUGA